AUGGUCGCCGAAUUUCUCACCAUCCGAAAUGACACAUCCACUCCAAUCGUCCUGAAACGCAUUGAGCGCUUCGCGGCGCCGGAGUCCAACACCGACAUCACCCACAUAGCCAGAAAUUUCACUCGAGUUCUCACGAACCAAACCCGCGCCAAUGCCCCAGUACUCGCGGUCACUGAACAAACAAAGCCGUUCGAGGAGCUACAAGGCCUCGACAUCCGCGUGGAGCCAUUCACAACAAAGAAAACCGAGCGCCGAGCCUUCAAGAACUCUGAUAAGGAGCGCAUGCGUCUGACCUUCGAGGUCGAAGGCGAGCGACACCAAAUUCAAACUCCAGUUCCGACGCUCGAGUCGGCUACCAUGAAUGCACUGGUCCAGCACCCCAAAUUCCGAUUCACGGGCAUCUACAUCACCCCGGAAUCUCAUCUAAGCAUUUUCUCAUCUGCAAACCUGAAUGCGUGGAUGCACGAAUUGCGCGAUGACAUCCUACUCUCUGCGCUAUCUAUCCCUGGCACCCACAACUCGCCAACAUGCCACAUGGCGCCACCUUCCGUGCGCUGUCAAGCCGUCAGCCCACGCGAGCAACUGAAGAACGGUGUUCGUUUCUUCGAUAUCCGUGUUCAGCCACAAUACCCCGAUAACCCAGCAAAGGAUGAGCUGAUCCUAGUACACAGCGUAUUCCCGAUCUCGCUGACUGGCAACAAAUACUUCCGCGACCUGAUGAAUGAGGUCAACGAGUUCCUGGAUCAGAACCCGUCCGAGUCGUUGAUUAUCUCGCUUAAGCGUGAAGGUGCCGGAAACGCGAAAGAUGAGCAACUGGCUCGUAUCCUGCAACAGCACUACGCCAAUGAUGGUAGUCGGUGGUGGGUUCGACCUAAGAUUCCGACACUGGGUGAGGCGCGUGGCAAGGUAGUCCUUAUUCGUCGCUUCAACUUGCCCGAGGAGCUGAAGAAAGAGCAUGGAGGGAAUGGGUGGGGAAUUGAUGCUGCUGCUUGGGAGGAUAAUACCCCCAACGCGACUUGCCCGAGUGGACAGCUCUGUAUACAGGAUUUCUAUGAGGUCCAGGAAACGACUAAUAUUGAGAAGAAGAUUGAGUAUGUUAAGGAGCAGAUUGAUCGUGCUUCACGUGCUCAUUAUCCGUUUGGUGUGCUGCCAAGUGUACAGGAGACUCGGAAGUAUCCUUUCUUUAUCAACUUUUUGAGCGCCAGUAACUUCUGGAAGACUAAUACUUGGCCGGAGAAGAUUGCUGCGAAGGUUAAUCCGGCUAUUGUUGACUACAUUUGCCGUCGUCACAAAGACGAUGAUGGUGAUUGCUCGACCGGUAUCUUGGUGACGGACUGGGUUGGUCAUGAUGGUGAUUGGGAUCUUGUGCGUUGUAUUGUGGGCAUGAACGCCAAACUUCGUCUUAGACAGAACUGA